CUCUUCACCCUCCAUUAAUACUCUGCAAUUAAGCAGGCCAAAGGAAGAGAAUCCUUUCCUUAAAAAAUCAGAUAAACUAUGAAAAAGAAGAUAACUCACCCUUUUAAAGCUACCAACCUCUUCUACAUUGCGCAGGGCCUCUCAUGAAGGAUUUCUGGGUUUCAUCUGAUCGAUGAGAUUUCUAAUUAAGCACCAGCAAGUGAGCUUUUCCGUGGUUUCCAUUCUUGGCCUCUGAGAAAAUUGGCUUGUACUUUGAGUAAUGGGCAGAAGCAUUUGAAUUUUAAUGCAAAAGUGGUUAGGUGGAGAGAGGCUAUAAGAAGAGGUGUUAUCAGUGGCCUGAGGUUUCAGUACCAGAAACAAAAGCCAAGACAAGGAUUUUGCUGUUAUUUAUCGGCCGGUUGGCUACUUAGAUUGCUAGCUAGUGUAGUUUAGCCUUCACAGUCACUCAGCAAUAAUACCCAUCAACAUGGCUUCAUCAAACAGACACUGGCCUAGCAUGUUCAAGUCCAAGCCAUCUCACCACCAAUGGCAACAUGACAUCAACCCAUCUCUCAUGUCAAGUCCAUGCCAGAAAGCCCCAUACGCAUCAGUGACGGGGUGCGAAGAAAGAAGCCCGGAGCCGAAGCCGAGAUGGAAUCCCAAACCGGAGCAGAUACGCAUACUCGAAGCGAUAUUCAACUCAGGAAUGGUGAACCCGCCAAGGGAUGAGAUAAAGAGGAUAAGAGCUCAAUUACAGGAAUACGGCCAAGUCGGCGAUGCUAACGUCUUCUACUGGUUCCAGAACAGGAAAUCGAGAAGCAAGCACAAGCAACGUCACCUCCAGUCUGCAAAAGCCCAGACUCUUCAAACUAUUCCGAUCACCACCGCCCCAGCCACUACCGCUGUCCUCCCAUCGUCUUCUUCCUCUUCAUCCGAGAAGUCACCUCCAAGAAGAACCGAUAAGACUCCUCCAAUGGGUGGGACAAAUAUGAUUGAGGCAUCGAAUUCUCCAACGGCUUCCGUUAACCAGACUUACUUCCACCCUCAAGUGGAUUUCCAGCCGGAACCCUUCCUCUUUCCGGUGCAACCACCACCGUCUUUUUCGCAGGAAUUUUGCUUCUCCGAGCUAUCGAACGUCGUUCAAGCCUCUGACUCUGAUCAUCAACUGACCUGGCCUUGCUCAGGUGGUCUGCUUCUCAAUGAUAUAAUCAAUCAAGGAGCUUCAAAGAAGGAUGAUCAAGUUAAGAUGAAACCAACCCAGCAGUUUAACUACAGCACCAUCUCUACUGCACCAGUCACCAGCGCCAUUGCUUCUACAACUACUGCAACUCUCAAUCAGAUACAAGGGGUUGACGAAUCAGGUGGUAUGAUUCCGGCUGCUGUGGCGAAAUCAACGGUGUUCAUAAACGACGUGGCGUUCGAGGUGGCGAUGGGACCCCUGAACGUGCGAGAGGCUUUCGGGGAGGAUGCCGUCCUCGUCCACUCCUCCGGCCUGCCGGUCAUCACCGACGAGUGGGGCGUCACCCUCCAGGCCCUCCAGCACGGUGCCUUCUACUAUCUGGUUCGCGCGGUUUAAGAGGGCCGGCCAGAUGAGGAGAUGGGGUUGCAUCAAUUGAUGAGCUGCUUGUUGUUCUUGUUUCUGGUUUUUUUUUUUUUUUUUGUGUGUGUAUUAGGUCUUCUGAUAUAGGAUUAUGGUUUAAGGACCCUUGAUUAUGAUUGUAAUGAUAAAAAGUGAACGGAAUUAAUUGUUAAG